AUGCCUGCCACGUUUUAUCCGCCGGGAGUGCACCACAUGCCCCCAGCAAUGCCUGCUGCGGCAAUGCAAGGAGGUCAGCCUGUGACGAUGCUGCCGGGCCAAGUGAAGCAGCCGAAGGCCGUCGAGCGGGUCGCCAGUGGACCGGUGCCAAUGCAUUCGAUCAGUCACACUGCCCGGCCACAGCGGGGACCGGCUCAUUCCGCCACAUUUCGGCAACAAGGCCAUCCGGAUCAGCUUUCUGCGGUCAAGACAACAAUGCCGGCAUCGAUCGACUCCACUGCCCGGUCUAUUGCGACGUCCACAUCCACGGCAAGCACCGGACCGGGAUCAGAUUCCGAUGCGACGAUGCAGCGAAAGCUGUCGUCCGUGGAAGGAUCUCUCAAGGAGGUGGAUAUCCUCCUCAAGAAGCAGCUCAGUAGCCAGCAGCCUGCUCCAGAAUCUAUGGAAGAUCGCUGUGCGCAGAUGCGGGAGGAGAUCCUCAGAAUGCAGAAGAGCCGCGAGAAGAUCGAGGCGCGAGUCCAGAGCAUUGCGGACCUCAUGCAAGAGGAAAAGCUCGAGCACGAGGCAAAGCUGCAAAGCUUCCAGAAAGACCUGUCCCAGUUGCUGAAGACCCUGAACAAAGGCCUGGAGGAUAGCGUGUCGACCAGCAUGAAUUUGAUGAAGGUGAAGCUGGUUGAGACCGAGAAGCUGCUCAAAACGCUCAUCAAGCAGCUGAACAGCUCCUACACCCCGGCUUUGAACGAGGCGAAGGCCUAA